ACCAAGAUAAGUGAGGCGGCGAAUACAUGUUUGAAUGUCGGUACAUAGCGGAUCAAAAUGACGAGGUACCCUACAAUGCCUCAAUUAUGGGGGCAAACCAUUGAAGACCGGCAGUCAUUGGUUCAGGAUCCAAGGCUGUUCCCACCACAAGAUACUUACUAGUACCUAGGUAAUGAUAGAGACAGGUAUCGGGUAGCAAGUCAAGGGUGUGUGCUAGUUCAUUGCAGUGCCUGAUUGAUUAUGGAAGUUUCUAGUAAUGUGAUUUUCUAAUCAACAGGUGGUCUAGAUAUACCCGUGGGCAAUCCUGAUAGAGCGAACACAAUAAUAGGAGCUGUUAGGUGCAGACAUGAUCAUGCUCGAUGCUGUCGCCUUACCUGGGUAGCUGAGCCAUUGACUUCCCACCUUGACAGCCGGUUGCAGCUGUCCGUGGCUCGCUGUGCUGCUUUAUGAGAGCCAAGAUUAAAAUUGGCAGUUGCGGUCAAUACUUAAGGAGCGACUCAGAAGUCAUAAUGAAUACACAUGUUUUCAUAUAUUUCUGACAUUAGGUGGAGGGCCCUCUCUCUUCUCAUUCUUUUAAUAUCGGUGGUAAUUUGGUGGACCUUAGAGCUACGCCGAGAAGCGAUGGCCGAAGCCCCUGUUCUCCCCCCCAGCAACCUGGAGGAGCAGGUGGCCGCUACUAUGCUCUCAUGGCACUCCUUAGAGCUCACAGCCCUCAAAAAGGUCCAGUCACUAUGGGCAGGGUACGGCCACGUCUGUGAAGUGACGGCGCGUGCCAAAACAGCAAGUGCAGCUAGUCUCAUGCGCGAACAGUACGGAGAUAUCGGCCAGGUGGACAGUACCGGCAAGGAGACGUAUGCGCUUAUCCUCAAGCUCAUUUCUCCACCCUCUGGAGCGGAAGACGAGGGUCACUUACGCAAGAUCAUGAGCUAUGAGGCCGAGCAAAAUUUCUACGGCUCUGUUGCGCUACGACUGGGGACCGAUCUGCCCAUGGCACGCUCUAUUUCUGCUACACAGGGAAAGCCUGGUUCGGACACUCCCGAGGGCCUCGCUGCCAUUCUCAUGACGGAUUUGCGAUCCAAAUAUCCGGUGGCCGGGGAGAAGCGGGCUGUACUUAAUGAAACACAGGUGUAUGCCGCGUUGAAAUGGCUAUCUGAAUUUCACAAAAGGUCGCGGGGAAUGCAAUUACGCUUACCCUUGCAGGAGCUGUUUCUGCCACCUCUCGAGGAAGCAGAGAGGAGACGUCGAGGCGAGCCUCCUGGUAGCUUGAUAUGGCUAAACGGGGGCUAUACAUAUCUUGCCACAAGGCGGAGUGAAUACGCCACUCUUGCUGCUGACUUGUCGUCUGAAUGGUCGUCAGCGCUUUGCGAGCCUCUUGAGCUUUCAGGGCACUCUAUCGCGGAAAUGGUGGCUGCUGUCUUGACGCCGCGUGGACGUGACCAUGAAAGCCUCAUCCAUGGUGACGUGAAGUCCGAGAACCUGUUUACCACACAGUCUGGCACCGAAGUCGCAUUCUAUGAUUUUCAAUAUGUAGGCUUUGGGUUGGGUGUGUGUGACUUGGCUAAGUUAUUCACAUGCUCAGUGCCAAUACACAUGCUAAUAGAGGAUGAUGGAUCUGUCGAGCUGCCCAUGAGAGAGGGCGAGAGGCGUUUGCUAGAGCGAUAUCGCACUAACCUGCUUGAUGGAAGCGGCAAGACAUAUGAUUGGGACACUUUCGUGCGGCAUUGGGAAACUGCGCUUGUUGAUUGGCUGAGAUUCCAAGCCUCAUGGGGAUUCUGGGGAAAUACAGAGUGGCUCGAGGCUCGUGUCCGGUCGAUACUGAAAGACGAAGGCUGGAAAUCUUGGUUGUAUGAACAACAGAACCUUAUAGACCAAGAAACGGGCUUAUUGUCCCCAAAUUAGAUAUAAUCGUGUCACGGCGAAAGACGGCCACAUUAGUGCUGCAAAUGAGCCACAAGCGGAAGACAGCAAACUUUUCAUUGAUUCCAUGUUUGGUUCUGCCUAGACAGGGCGGAAGAUUCGUACAUUCUGGGUAUAAAUCGGAAAGGUGUUUCAAAAUCACGUGUGCCAUCCCAUCGCCACGACGCCUAACAGUAAGUAAAACGACAAUGAAUUAAAUACAACUUAAGCUUUCCACUCAUCCCGCCCUAAUCUGACGAUAUCACGUUGCUCAAGAACCCAGUAAUCACUCGGGGCCUUGCCUUCGGAGGCCAGGAUCGCAGCCUUGACAGCAGCGCGCGCGACAACCUCGUCCUCCUGCGCGAAUGUAUCCUGCGCACCUUGGCCUAGAUAUCUCUUCAUACCGCGGAACACUGUUUCGAGAAGAGGGCCACCAG